UUGCAUGAACUCUCCUACAUGAUUUUUGUCGUUUGCCUAAAAGUACAGAUUUUAUCAUCAAUGUUUUCGUAUUUUUGGUCUUAUUCCUUACUAUGAUCGUUGAAGAAUGUUGAAAGAAGUACAUAGUUCUCACACCUUUCAAUAGGUUUCUUUAGGUUUUAGUUUUCUUUGAAAAAAUUUCAAGCUUUUGUCACUCAAAGCACAUGGCGGACUCCAUCUCACCGUUAUGACGCCAUGACCAGUAGUCAUUUUUCUCUGCAUUUAUUAGUAGUUCGCUUUCUUUGAUUCGAAGGAUAUAGGUACAACAGCAUGUCGUGUAUACAUUACAAGUUUCGGAGUAGUUUGGAGUAUGAUACCAUCACGUUUGAUGGGCUCGCUAUUUCUCUGGGUGACCUCAAGAAGUCUAUCAUGGCGCAAAAGAAAAUUGCGAAGGUCACCGAUUUCGAUUUGGAAGUAACUAAUGCACAGACGAAAGAAGAAUACAAGGACGAGAGUACUCAAAUACCCAAGAAUUCGUCGGUGGUGGUGCGAAGAAUUCCUACAGGAAGUCGAAGUAAAGCACAACUCGCAGUGGAUAGGGGAGAUACAUAUGCCAGCGGAUUACCCAAAACAAAAUCUGAAGAACUCACCAGCACUAUAUCAGCCAAACAGACCAAGAUUAUUGAUCUGGUUAACUCUGAUGCUUCGGAAGAAGACAAAUUGAAGGUGAUGAUGUCUCAAGCAGGAGAAGGGUAUCAACCUAACCAAUAUGUGAAGGGGCGUGGCAGAGGAUAUAAUCCAUCAGGACCUCUUCCACCUAAUUAUGUAUGCUAUAGAUGUGGUAAACCAGGUCACUUUAUAAGAAACUGCCCUACCAAUGGGGUUAAACGUACAAUUGGAAUUCCAAGAAAGUUUGGUGAAGAAACUGCAGUAGAAACAACAGAUGAAUCAAUAAUUAAAAAAGACCCAGUUAAAAAGCUUGUCCCAGUUCAAGACACUACUGCUGUCAAAGACCGCAAAGUUCCAUCGGAACUAAAGUGUCCAAUGUGUUCAAAUCUUUUACACGAUGCCGUCUUAAUUCCAUGUUGUGGUACUAGUUACUGUGAUGAAUGUAUCCGAACAUACUUGCUUGAGAAUGACCAAGAAUGCCCUACUUGUGGAGCAGAAGAUGUUUCUCCAGACUCAUUAAUAAUUAACAAACAAUUGAGACAGGCUGUGAAUAACUUCCGCAAUGCAAGACCUGCUAGUCCUUUUGUCAAUAGUUCAACUGAUAAAUCAACCUCAGAUAAAUCUGCAACAAGUACUGUUGAUAGUCCAGCUCAAAAUAAUGAUAAAUCAAUAUCUAGUCCAUCUCUCAGUGUUGUAUUACCUGAUGUUAGAUCACCAGAUACCAGUGAAAAAGAGAAGUCAGAGGAAAAAGUCACAAGUACAACGUCAGAGAUUCCCAGUAAAGACACACCUGAGUUGAAAAAAGAAGAGUUAAAGAAAGAGGCAUUAUCUCCUGUGGUUGUAAAAGAGGAGGUGAAUUCUCCAAGACCAGACCAAUCAAGUGAUUCAGAAGACAGACGUGGCAGCAAUAUAAAACACCAGCCAGCUGCUACUGGGGGUAACAGACCUGAACCGUCAGGCUAUGGACAGCACCCUAUGCAUAGAGGACCUGGAAUGAUCCAUCCAAUGGUAGGAGAACCUGUUAUACCAAGAAGUAUUGCACCAGAAGGAGCUAUUGUAGUACCUCCAAUAAGAACAGCCCGCCCAGUAUUACAUGCCGCACCUUUGAUACAGCAACCAGGUUUUAUAGCUGCCACAUCAAUGGGUAUACAUCCAGUGGUUACAGGUCAUUCAAGUAUGGUCCAUCCUACUCUACAACCUCAUUUACUAGGAUCUCAAUUCCCAUUUGCCAUGAAACGACCACACCCAUUUGAUGAUGGAGGUCCUCCUAUGAGCGAAGAAGAGUUCUAUCGCUACCAGAAAAAGAUGAAAAUAAGAAAUAAACGAAAGCACAGAGACAAAGAAAGAUUGAGAGAAAGAGGGUCCAGGGAGAGGUCUAGAGAAAGGCAAACAAACAAAAGUCAUCCUGCUAAUUUUGAUGAUGAACUAUCGCAGUAUCGUGCUUUACAAAGACAUCGUCAUGGGAACUACAGAUCAAGGUCACAUUCAAGAUCAAGAUCUGUAUCCAGAUCAUUAUCCAGAUCACUCUCGCAGUCUUCACAUACCAUGUCCAAGUCUCCAACCCCUGAGGAUUGGGAUAGAUCACGAACACCCUCACCCUCCUCACAGGUCUUGUCUGACUCUAAAAACCCUGAAGGUGAUGGUGAGAAAAAACAUAAAAGAAAGAAGCGUAAAAAGCAUCAUAAAAACAAGCAUUCAAAGAAACGCAAGUCUGAACACAAUGCAGAAGAAGAAUCAAUAAAAGAGAAUACUACAACUACUGUGAAAAGUGAGAAGAAAUCUAAGUCCAAGAAAAGGUCAAAGGAAAAAUCACAGAAAAAAGAAAAAAUGGACACUAAAAAUACUCCUGAUUCAAAGGGAAAUACAAUUGAAAGCCAGGAAAAAGAGAUUGCAAAUGAUCCAACUGAUAAACAAAGUGAUAUUCCUAAAGUGGAAAAUGAUACAAAGCAAUCAAAAGAAUCCAUACAAACUGAAGAUAAAGGAAAUGAACAAAAUGGCACAGAACCUGAACCAAAAGAAGUCAAGAAGACCAAGAAAAAGUCAGAUGAGAGCAAAGAAAAAUCCAAACACAAAUCUAAAGAAAAAUCAGGUGAAAAGAAGCACAAGAAAAAGAAACACAAGAGGAAACAUAAAAAACAUAAGAAAGAGAAAGAUAAAUCACAAAGCACUGAAGAGAAGAGUGAGUCUACUGAAGAAACUCAAGAUUCUGAAGGAGAAAAUGGACAACAGCAUGAGUGAAUCCUUUUACAAUACAAUGUAUUAAUCAAGAACACAACUUCAUUCAAAAGUUAAAUAUUUUUGCUAUACACUGUAAUAAAAAAUCUUGUAUAUAGA